CUUCUUUCUGCGGGCGCUGGAGACCCGGGAGGCGGCCCCGGGGAUCCUCGGCCUCCGCCGCCGCCGCCUCCCAAGCUCCCGAGUCCAGGUUUGGGGACACCCGGCCCCUUCUUCUCACUUUCGGGGAUUCUCCAGCCGCGUUCCAUCUCACCAACUCUCCAUGCAAGGGCGCGCCGCCACCAACUUGGAGCUCAUCUUCUCCCAAGAUCGUGCGUCCCCGGGGCGCCCGGGUCCCCCCCUCGCCAUCUCAACCCUGGCGUGACCCGGGCGCUUCCUGGAAAGAUCCAGGCGCCGGGCUCUGCGCUCCUCCCGGGAGCGAGGGCGGCCGGACAGCUGGGACCCUCCUCUCUCCAGCCGUGAACUCGUUGUCUCUCUGUCUCUCUCUGCAGGAAAACUGGACUUUGCUUUUCCUCCGGCCACGGAGAGAACGCGGGUAACCUGUGUGGGGGGCUCGGGCGCCUGCGCCCCCCUCCUGCGCGCGCGCGCUCUCCCUUCCAAAAAUGGGAUCUUUCCCUCUUCGCACCAAGGUGUACGGACGCCAAACAGUGAUGAAAUGAGAAGAAAGCCAAUUGCCGGCCUGGGGGGGUGGGGGAGACACAGCGUCUCUGCGUGCGUCCGCCGCGGAGCCCGGAGACCAGUAAUUGCACCAGACAGGCAGCGCAUGGGGGGCUGGGCGAGGUCGCCGCGUAUAAAUAGUGAGAUUUCCAAUGGAAAGGCGUAAAUAACAGCGCUGGUGAUCCACCCGCGCGCACGGGCCGUCCUCUCCGCGCGGGGAGACGCGCGCAUCCACCAGCCCCGGCUCCUCGCCAGCCCCGGCCCCAGCCAUGGAAGAGCUCACGGCUUUUGUAUCCAAGUCUUUUGACCAGAAAAGCAAGGACGGUAACGGCGGAGGCGGAGGCGGCGGAGGUAAGAAGGAUUCCAUUACGUACCGGGAAGUUUUGGAGAGCGGACUGGCGCGCUCCCGGGAGCUGGGGACGUCGGAUUCCAGCCUCCAGGACAUCACGGAGGGCGGCGGCCACUGCCCGGUGCAUUUGUUCAAGGACCACGUAGACAAUGACAAGGAGAAACUGAAAGAAUUCGGCACCGCGAGAGUGGCAGAAGGGAUUUAUGAAUGCAAAGAGAAGCGCGAGGACGUGAAGUCGGAGGACGAGGACGGGCAGACCAAGCUGAAACAGAGGCGCAGCCGCACCAACUUCACGCUGGAGCAGCUGAACGAGCUCGAGCGACUCUUCGACGAGACCCAUUACCCCGACGCCUUCAUGCGCGAGGAGCUCAGCCAGCGCCUGGGGCUCUCCGAGGCGCGCGUGCAGGUUUGGUUCCAGAACCGGAGAGCCAAGUGCCGCAAACAAGAGAAUCAGAUGCAUAAAGGCGUCAUCUUGGGCACAGCCAACCACCUAGACGCCUGCCGAGUGGCACCCUAUGUCAACAUGGGAGCCUUACGGAUGCCUUUCCAACAGGUCCAGGCUCAGCUGCAGCUGGAAGGCGUGGCCCACGCGCACCCGCACCUGCACCCGCACCUGGCGGCGCACGCACCCUACCUGAUGUUCCCCCCGCCGCCCUUCGGGCUGCCCAUCGCGUCGCUGGCCGAGUCCGCCUCGGCCGCCGCCGUGGUCGCCGCCGCCGCCAAAAGCAACAGCAAGAAUUCCAGCAUCGCCGACCUGCGGCUCAAGGCGCGGAAGCACGCGGAGGCCCUGGGGCUCUGACCCGCCGCGCAGCCCCCCGCGCGCCCGGACUCCCGGGCUCCGCGCACCCGGCCUGCACCGCGCGUCCUGCACUCAACCCCGCCUGGAGCUCCUUCCGCGGCCACCGUGCUCCGGGCACCCCGGGAGCUCCUGCAAGAGGCCUGAGGAGGGGGGCUCCCGGGACCGUCCACGCACGACCCAGCCAGACCCUCGCGGAGAUGGUGCAGAAGGCGGAGCGGGUGAGCGGCCGUGCGUCCAGCCCGGGCCUCUCCAAGGCUGCCCGUGCGUCCUGGGACCCUGGAGAAGGGUAAACCCCCGCCUGGCUGCGUCUUCCUCUGCUAUACCCUAUGCAUGCGGUUAACUACACACGUUUGGAAGCUCCUUAGAGUCUAUUGAAACUGCAAAGAUCCCGGGGCUGGUCUCCGAUGAAAAUGCCAUUUCUUCGUUGCCAACGAUUUUCUUUACUACCAUGCUCCUUGCUUCAUCCCAAGAGGCUGCGGAACGGGUGUGGAUUUGAAUGUGGACUUCGGAAUCCCAGGAGGCAGGGGCCGGGCUCUCCUCCACUGCUCCCCCGGGAGCCUCCCAGGCAGCAAUAAGGAAAUAGUUCUCUGGCUGAGGCUGAGGACGUGAACGGGGGGCUUUGGAAAGGGAGGGGAGGGAGACCCGAACCUCCCACGUUGCGACUCCCACGUUCCGGGGACCUGAAUGAGGACCGACUUUAUAACUUUUCCAGUGUUUGUUUCCCAAAUUGGGUCUGGUUUUGUUUUGGAUUGGUUAUUUUUAUUUUUUAUUUUUUGCUGUGUUACAGGAUUCAGACGCAAAAGACUUGCACAAGAGACGGACGCGUGGUUGCAAGGUGUCAUACUGAUAUGCAGCAUUAACUUUACUGACAUGGAGUGAAGUGCAAUAUUAUAAAUAUUAUAGAUUAAAAAAAAAUAGCCGUGCACUCUUGACCCCGUCAGCGUCCAACGUGGAAAAGGCGUUACCUCUUCUCCCAGCGCUGGCCGCCUGGCCACUGAGGGCCCUUUGCAAAAAUCACGGGUGUAGAGAUGGCCCUGGGCGCGCUGGGAGUGUGGUUGUGUUUCUGAAGGGGAUAAAAGAGGGCACGGUGGUGCCAAGAUAUCAGUUUGGUACCUGAGCUGUUUCUGGUUGGGAAGCGUAAAAGCCAGGGAGAGAUCCAGAGAGUUUUCAAGUUUUUGCAGAUGUAGGUGGUUCCAGCUUUUCUUUCUCCCCUACUCCAUCUUCUGCGUUCCCCCAGUUCUUUUAUUUCUUUGUUUUUUUAUUUUUGAGACAGAGACUUGCUUUGUCGCCCAGGCUGGAGUGCAGUGGCGCAGUCUCGGCUCACUGCCACCUCCGCCUCCCAGGUUCAAGCGAUGCUCCUGCCUCAGCCUCCCGAGUAGCUGGGACUACAGGCGCCCGCCACCACACCCGGCUAAUUUUUUGUAUUUAUAGUAGAGACGGGGUUUCACCGUGUUGGCCAGGCUGGUCUCGAACUCCUGACCUCAGGUGAUCUGCCCGCCUCCGCCUCCCAACGUGCCCCCAGUUUUAUAAACAGCAGAUAGCAACUUGUCAUCACAGCUGGCAUGGGCUGGACAGUUGCUUGAAAUGACCUAACCAAAAACAUUCAAGGGUUCUGCCCCCAGAUUUCGGGAGAUCCACGUUCCAUGUUCUGAUUGGUUUUCUGGGAACACAGCAAGGGGUUUGGUGACCUCUAAGAAGAUCCAUCUGCAUGACUGGCAUUAGUUACCACAGCCUGCCCAGAGAGAAACUAUCUUCUCCCAACAUUUACUAACAUCCACUGGUCAACUCUCUUAUUUCCAUAACACAUUUGCAUCUUUCUGGAUUCAAGCUUGGUGGUUUUCUUUCCUAACUUCUGAUUUAGAUACUUCUCCCUGAGGUAGGGAUAAAAGAAAAAAAAAAACAACUUCUUUUUUUCUUCUGCAUAACACUUUCUAUCUUGUCACUGAGCUGAACUGUAGAUCCAUUUGGACCCGUCUCAUUUGUAUCUUCUGAUAUUCUUUAUACAAACCAAAAGUCCCCUUCAACAUUUUUUAUGUUACAAUGUUACAACCGCUGUAAAAUGACGGAGAGAGAGAGAAAGAAUCCCAGACAUUAACGGUAUUAGAGAGUUUGCCUCAUUCAUCCAUUUUUUUUUAAAGCUGGAAAUUUAAAAAAAAAAAAAGAGAGAGAGAGAGGCUUUAAUAGUUAAGCUG